CUACAGCUAAGCCGAGUUUCCUCAUAGUUCUUACUGUUACUCUUGCCUAUUGUCAAAAGAGAAGAAAGUUUAGAGAAGGCAUUUUAAGUUACAUCUAUUAAGUUGAUUGAAAACUAAUAAUUCACCGUGGCUGGAAUACUUUGGUCUCGAAGACCGGCCCCAACGACGGAUGCCGCCGAUGCGACCAGCGAUUCUUCAAAUCCUACUUCUCGCAAUAUCAUGACCGCGCCUUCUGACCAUCCUAAUUUAACGCCUCAAUUCUGCUUCUCGUCCGUAGCCCUUAGAGACUUUCUCCGAAUAUCUCGUAGUGCGAUAGACGACUCGAUAACCCAAAAUCUCAAUGCUCUCGUAACGCCUUCUCAGUUGGGGUUUGACCCCUCUUCGACCUCUGUCCGGGUACCUCGAGCUUCUAGUCGACCUAUCGAUCCACGGGCGUGUCAGGCGUUCAAGGACAAGGUCUUAUUCCCCUCCUGGCAAGCAAGGUCUGAUGUUUUAACUUACUGCGCCUACGUUGCUACCAGUCCAGAUCCAGAUGAUCCCGAAGUAGCUCUACGGGAAGCCGAGACCGAGAGGAAUCAUGAACGGGUGGUUGAUGAGAGAUUAGAUCCAUAUUCCGGACGGUAUUUCCCCCGAGAGCCUCGCACGGAAAUGCUAGCCAACCUGCUGAGACAAGAGAGAAGCGUCGAAAAUAUCGUCCGUUCUCGAACGUGGGGUUUGGUGCGGGAGCGCUGCGGUGAUAGCUUCCAGGACGCGGAACAGGCUCUGAACAGCUGGAGAACAGGAAGAGAGCGCCGCAGCCUAUAGUUAAUUGACUAGAUUAAAUAGCUAUAUAACGUUGCAUAUGCCUACGUAGGUAGGUCUUUGUAUAAAUCUCACCACUGAAUGUAAUAGUAGACUUGCUGCAUACCUAGGCAAGUUUGUUAAAAUCUACCUAACAUAGGUAUUCAAUAGGUGUUCUUAAGACCACAG